GGGUAACUAAUUUGGAAUAAAGAAAAGUAUAUUUUUAUUAUCUAAAAUAAGAGAUUCAAUCAGAAUACAAUCAUCAGCAUAUUGAAAUCUUAGUUCAUUUACUUCAAUCGACAUCAUGUAUAACAAUAUUCUUCUUGCAAUCACAUUUAUCAUUCUUUCACUUCAUGCUUCAUACGCUGCUCACAUGAACACAAGUCUAACAGCUUCGUUUAGUAUUGGUUUAGGAAUAACAACAUUUGAUGUAAUUAAACAAAUGGUAUUAACAUCUAUGACUCAAUCAAAUAAACCAACUAGUCCAUUAUUGUUUAAUUUUACGGAUCCUCAAAAUACACUUAGCAAAUGGAUUGAAGUAUCCGAUACAGUUCGAGUUGAAGGUAGAUCUAAAGCUACACUUGUACCACAUAUUGGAUAUAAUUAUCGAUCAGCAAUCUUCUUUUAUUUACUUAAUCCACAACCAACUGGUGCUUGUUUUGCUGGUGUCGACUACAUAUUAGAUACUUGGGAUUUAUCAGCAUAUACAGGUGUUGUGAUUGAUCUACAUAGACAAGGUCAAAAUUCUAAUUUCAAAUUAAUCUUCUAUGGAAACUGUUCAGAAAUAUUCACUUGUCAAUCAUAUGAGUCAUUUUUCGAGACAUCUGGAGAACGUCAACAAAUAAAAUUACCAUUUAGUACAUUCAAACCAUACUUUCGUGGAGAACCGAAAUUUGAUUUACCAUCUUUAGAUAUAACUCAACUAUCACGAUUCGGUAUACAAUCAUAUGGUGGUAUCUAUGCACCGACAAGACAAUUUGGUCCAGGUUCCAUUGAAAUAUUCACUAUUUCAGCAUAUAAGGAAGAUCAACUGACAGCCUAAAGAAAUCAAGACUACGUGAUAGGUGGUAUUUAUUGAUACUAUGAUUCUGUUUAGUUUGUAUUAGGUAGUUUUAUCAAUAAAUUUUAUAUAUUGA